AUGAACCUACUACAGGUCCUGCUAUCCUCGUCACUAGUAUUAAUUAUAGAAUGUCAAGUUGCCCCAAUUGUGCAUCCAGCCCUUUUAGAAGGUCCACAGAAUGAAGUAGUGCCCUCUCUGAUAUUCCCCUCCAAUAGAGUUGGUGCUAAAAAUCGACUGAGAUCUAGAGUUUUCAGAGAUGCUUCCUCACAAGGUUAUAAAGGUCUCGUCGACAGCCCUCGAUUAUUCCGUGCUUCUGGAAGAUUUCACAAGAGAGUUCAGUCAGCAACCACACAUGACAUCCAGAGUGUUCCAUUACCUCAAGACACCCUCCAAAUAGUAUCAUACAAGUACGAUGCCGAGAAACAUAACGAGAAGAAAAUGUCAGACAAUGAUGUCAUCACGAAUGAAGAAGCCGAAGAUCAUGCGCGUGGCAUUGAGAGAACAACCAUGUCGGUGAAACCAAGAGAAGAUGAGACGACGAGGACGGCGCCGAUGACAACGACAACGCAAAUGCCAGAGCAUAAUUCGAUCAAUGAAAUAAAAGAAAACAGCAUCCAACCAGUCCGACCAAAAACAUUCUCCCAAACUGUAACUGCCAACGGAGCACCGCCGUCUCUCAUCAAUCCAAACUCUCAGCUCCCUCCACAACCACAACCUCCGUUCGUCUUCACUCCACAACCUCCAAUCUCUCCUCCAACAUUCACAAUGCCUUCUCUAGUUCCUCAAACCAUCCAACAACUUCCUUCAUCUCUUCCACAGCAGGGAAUCCCUCCACAACAGCCUCCGCCAGCAUUCCCGCAAGCUUCUCAGAUGGGUAUUAACCCAGUUGGAGUUCCACAUCAGCCAUCGAAUGCUCUCGUGGCUGGAGUCCCGAAUUUCAAUCAACCACAGCAACCGGUUACGUUGACUCCUCUAGGAACGAAUCCAACUCCAGCGAUCGGAGGACUGCCACAACCAAAUCAAGUGAACCCGAACGGCUUACCCCAACAACCACCACAACCACCACAAUCUGCUCUAUCCCAAAAUCGAAAUGGAGAGAAACAGGACACUCACGAGCAACUUGGAUGCGGAUGGGAUUGGCUCACGAACUCUUGUAAAGACGUCUUCGCUCUGAAUUGGUGCGGAAAAUGUCACGACUUUGGAAAUAUUUUCCUGCAUGAUUGUAAAUGUGUAGCCCCUCUAAUCCCUCUCCCAACAACAGUACGCCCAUCUCAACAACCACCCCAGCCACCACCGGCUCCACAAAGACAUCCUUUGUUCUUCUGGCUCAUUUAA